AUGGAAUCCGUGAGGUCGGGGUCUGGCCUUCCGACCAGGCCCAUAGAAGGGACGGCCCGGACCAGAAGAAUGGGGGAUCCUCGAAACACUCUGAGCCCGCCAAGGCCACUGAACCUGACCAGGACAGGAAAGGAAUCCGACAUUCCCAGGACAAUUCCGAAACCCUCGCCCUCAUCUGGAUCACGACCAGCUAGCAGGGUACCACAACCCUCGAGCCGCCGGCCCUCGAUUCCUCAACCUACUACUCGGCCUGCCCUCAACCACCAAGCUCAAUCAUGGGCUUCUUCAAGUACUAUCGGUUCGAGCCGCUCAAGCACCAAGCCUCGCGGUGGAUCCGGGUCAUCCUCUUCCGCGCGAUCCAUCGAUACCACCUCGAAACCCGCCCCGAACGUGCUAAGAAGGAAGAAGUCGUCUCUUUCCAGCGGCAUCGCUAGCCCCAACAACGAAUCACCUCGCACAAGCUCUUCUUCAACCCGGCGAUCACGAGGACCCAUUGACCUCGCUUUCGGCAUCCAUAUGGAUAGGAGCUUGACCCACAGCCCAGCCGAGAUCCAGGUCGCCGAGGUAGUCGAUAUGAACAAGAGUGGGAAGUCACAAGUCAUUUACCCAGAACUUGACCGAUACCGAGACGUCCGACGGCCCUCGAACUCGUCAGAAACCAAUCUUGACGUUCCUUUCCGGAUAGCAACUCAUGACCUACCGCCCCCGACUCCAGCCAGCUUGUUGUUCUCUGGGACAAGCGGAAGCCCUUCCACUAGGUUUUCUGAAUCUCCUGGACCUGGACCCUACAGUCGUGAUACCACUCCUACGUCUAUUGCAUCUCAAUCGCCUUCCUUCGUUACAUCAUUUCGAGUCAACCCAGUCAAGGGACGGCUGAACAGUCCUUCUUACACCAGACCACCGGUCACUCGGAGAAGGGCUGGUAGCAUCCCCAAUGAGGUUGACUCCAUCACUGCUGAUCCUCAUGGCCUGGCCGCGGUCAGGGAGUCGCUAAACUCCUCUUCUUCGAAUUCUACCGUCCGCGAGAGUGACAGAACUAUGAAGAAGGAGAAGGCCAAGCGACUACCACCACCUCCGCCAAGCCCGCCACCCCGGAAGUCCUCCCACCAGUUUUCCCAAGGUCAAAAUGAGUAUUCGCCGAUCAAGACUGUGCGGAAAGUAUCACGACCUGUGAUGAAUUCGCCGUCCCCGGAAAGGAUUAUGCGGCCGAGUCCUGGCCAGACUCAUCUGUCUCCAAAGGCCGGCCCGCCUUCUCGACCGAGCCGAGAUGGAACCCCGGACAUUCAUUCACAACUGUUUGGCCCUGUUCCGAUAAUCCAUAGCAAUCUUUCCACGCAAUCUUUGCCAACAGAGAGACGUGGGACGGCAUCCCGCUCGCGAACCCGCUUGAAUGUGGACCAAACGAAGACAAGCAACACUGAGCUGCCUCGGCUCACACGCACACCAAGUCCCAACGUCGCGACCUCUUUCUCUCGCUUCGCCUUCUUCGGUCGAAAGAAGGCCCCUACUGAUGGAAACCAGACGGAGAAAAAAGAAAAGGAAAAGAAGAAGAUAGUCCGCAAAGGCCCUGUAGCUGGCACAGGACAUGAGGGCUACGGUCGAAUUGGAGGCAUCCGCCGUCGUAGCGGCAGCAUCAGCAACAUCCCUCGGGGCUCUCCAGGAACACAGUCUUCUCAGGACAAUGCCACCAGCAGUGACCCGUUCCUUGCGGAUCGUAUGAAUCCUGUCAUCAUUGCCGGUGGAGCAAUUGUCGAGAACCGGAACGCCAGCUCGGAACUGACUCGAACCGACAGCUACCAGAGCCUCACUCAGGAUCAACCAAAGCAGAGCUCAGACUCACUUUCGGCUCCCCAGCAGGGACCUCGAAACACGUUAUGGCCAUCGCCAAUGUCGCGCACUCCCAACCCUGCCUUUGGGUAUCGUCGGCCGUCUGAUAGCAGCGACUCUGAAGGCGUCACCAUGAAGUCCACUCUGGCCUUCCGAAGGUCUGUUCAGCGACUGCGAUCGUCUCCGGACGAUCCUUUACGGUUGCCGCAGCCUAUCAACACUUCAGAGACCUCCAAUUCGCCUAUGACUAGCUUUGAUAUGAGUGUGAUGUCGGACGAAUCUCAUUUCGAGUUGCAACGAGAGAUCUCUCGUGAUGCGAAGCCAGUUCAGCCAGCGCCUAAGAAACUGACAAAGCGGUCGCGAUCUCCUCGGAAAUGGAACCUGUUCGGUCGGUCGCAGAACAACCAAAACUCCAAGAAGAACGAGCCGGUAGCUGCUACCGUCAAAGUUGUGGAGAAGAAACCUGUUCCCUUCUAUGCCAUGAUGGACUCUUCGGAACAAGAGGAUAGCGAGCCAAUGGAUGUACAAGAGGUAUUGAGGCGCGCGGAGGUCUAUAGGAAGUCGCCGAGUCUCAGCGGUACUCCUGAUAUGACCCAGAGCACCCCAGAGAUCCCGGAAAUCCCGGAGAUUCCACAACCAUCAACUCGCACUCCACCACAGCCUGAGCAACCAAUUCGACGGGAGUCUGGCCGUCGAAGUCGACUACCUCAAGUUGGCAGGAUUCCUAAAGUUGUCAACCGUUCCGACCACCUUUCCCCCAAGAGCUUUUCUCGACCUUUCCGAGCUAGUUUGACGUUGCCUCUUCGAGCCUCGGCAGUGUAUGAUGCUGAGUCUAUUGCAAAGGGCCCCAGCCUUCCCAAGCCUUCAACACCUAUGCCAGAGCUCACCAUGGAAGGGUCGACAAUUGAGAGCGGAACCAACGUUUCGUCUCAUGAUUCGAACUCCGCCGUGUCGCUGGAGCAGAGCCGAGAGAAGGAGUUCAUUGCUUUCUCUCCCCGCAAGGAUUCACAUGGUACCAUUGGCACCUCGAGCUCGAGCUGCUCUGCUGUCCCUUCCUUCUCUGAGGCCACUGCCGUUAUUCCCAACCCCAGUGACCCCCCCGCAGAAGAUGAGGUUUGGGAUGAGUACGAUGACCUGCUUGGCGAGGACCAAGUCAAUGGCCCUAAAUCAGCAUCGUCCUCGAAGGGCACCCCCUUCCACCUGGAGACGUAUCAUUCAAAGUUGGCCAAGGGAAAGCCUAUGGAAUCGCCGACAAUUGUCUUUGACCCCCGCAAAGCCUCUACGCAUUCUAGGGCAACUACUGGUUCAAGCACCUACAGCGGUGACAUGACGGAGAGGAUCCGAGCUGCCUUCCAACCUCACCCAAGCCCGUCCACCCCGUUUUCCGUCUCUGAAUUCGUCGCUGGUUACCGCGGCCGAAACAACAGCGUGGACGUGACCGAAGAAGUCAGCGAGUCACAGCGAAGUAGCCGGUCGUCUCGCAAAGACAGAAAAUCGGACGCCAGCACCUCGUCCGAUGACUCGUCUCCGCUUGCCCAGGUCAACCUCCGUGUCGGCUCCAUGACGGUCAGCAAGUGGCUUACGUUUGGACACGUGCUGUUCAGCGAUGUUAGACAUGAGCUGGUCCCGGUUGAAGGCUCUCUCAAGCGGCAUUCAAUCCUUGUGAUUGAUGGCCUCGGCAAUGAUGACUGGUCAUUCUACGCCGCAGAGACCUACCCGGCCGCGACGUUCUUCAACCUGUCUCCUCGGGCUCCUCUGCCAGCCGAGCUCCAGAAUUCUGCCUCAAGUUUCCCUCUCAGCCCUCCCAACCACCAUCAGAUUCAAUACGUCUCCCACCUCGACAAGUUCCCCUUUGCCCCACAGAGUUUCACCGCAGUCGUAUACCGAUUCCCGGUAGCGGCACCAGAGUCAUACUAUCGCAACAUCCUCACUGAGGCUCGUCGUGUGCUCAAGCCUGGAGGCUACAUUGAGUUGUCGAUUCUCGACGUUGAUCUUAACAACAUGGGUAACCGGGGACGCCGCGUUGUCCGACGCCUCAAGGAGAGGGUUAACGAGAAGACUCCUGACACCAACCUCGCCUCAACCGCUGACCUCAUCGUUCGUCUUCUUGGCAAGGUGGGCUUUUCAACCAUCAAGGCGGCCCGAGUUGGUGUUCCUGCGGCUAGUUCUGUUACUCGCUCGGAUAGUCGCAAGGCCAAGGACCCAGAGGAGAAGAAGAAAGACCAGCCAAGUCUAGCAGAAAUGAUGAGCGACAACGGCCCAUUAGCCGACGAGGGCAUCACUAGGAUGGUCGGCCGGGUCGGUCGAUGGUGGUACACUCGCUGCUACGAGAAUGCGGCAGAGAACCCAUCCGGAAAGAGUAUUUGGGCCGACCGGGCGCUACUCUCGGAGUGCGAGGAGCUUGGAACGAGCUUGAAGUUGACGGUCUGUUGCGCUCGCGCUCCUGACCGCAUCACCAGCUUCUAA